UUGACUUUACUCCAGAAUUUGGGCUGAGGAAUGGGAAUAAAUUGUUAACUAAAUCACAUGUGGUCCCUUGGUCUAUGGACCCAACAUAAUCCUGAAUUUCCUGUAAAGCUCUUUAUGUACUAAGGUGAGUUUUCAUUUCUCCUGUGAUUAAAAGCCCUGAGGCUUUCUAAGUGUUGUAAGUGUAAGCAUUGGCUUCAGGGUCACUAUGGGACAUUGAGAUGUAGGUGGUUUGGGACCUUGUAGAGAGUUUUACAGUAUUUAUUACAAGUUCAACAUGAUUAUUUUGCUGUAUAUAAAGUCACGCCCAUCUUUCGUCAGAGAUCCUGAAGAGGAAAGUAUCGUCUCAGUGUCGAGGAAAUGUUCAUUGCUCUUCACUGUCUUCCCUUAUGAUGUGCAUUUCUCCAUUAGCACCAUGUGAGCUAUACCCAUUUGAUUUCUCAGAGAAAAAAAGGACAGAUCUGAGUACAGUGAGGAUAGGCCCGAUCCAGGGCCCCUGUGUCAGGAAGCACCAGGAAAGCAAGAAUUUUUGGAAAGACCAGCCCUGUAUGAAUGGAAUUACAUUUCAAUUAGUCAGCCAGAAAAAUUCUCUUUUGGUUUGUGGACACUACUUCACAGAUACCCGAACUUACUUCUCUGACUUUAGCAGUCCUGUCAGAACUAUGGUCACGGAGAGACUUUUCUUCUUUAAUGUUACAUUGCGCAUUGUGUCCAAUAUUUUUGUUUUCAGCUCUCGUAACUGCACCUAUUUAUGUCACCAUCACUCUCAAUCCUCAUGGAAUUAUUCCCUAGUAAAUUGUUCUUUAACCAUUGCGAACAUGCUCAAACAGUGAAAUGUGGCUAAGUCUUUCUUUGCUCAUGGCAGCCUUUUUCCCCACUGACUCCUUUCUUUUUUCUUUCAUAUUGUGAACCUCAACUUGAACAUUUGGGUUAGUCUCCCAAAACCUUAUCGGUGGAGAAAAGUUAUCCAUAUCCAGUGAAUGUACAAUGAUGCGGUACAUUAAGAAUAAUCCCCGGAUGUCCACGUUAGGAGAAAUCUGCACGUGGCAUGGCAAUAUAGGUCACUCUGACAACCAGGGGAGACAUUUGAGCAGUCGUACAGUAGAGAACCUCCAUGAAAGUAAUGAGGGCACUCAGUCUUGGAAAAUCUUCAGCUGGAUUCUAGAUCUUACUGUGCUCCAAAGAAACCCUCCAGAAGUAAACGCUUUUGAAUACUCUGAGUGUGGAAAGAUCUUCAUGGAUCACUCACCAUAUAACCAUCAUAUCAGAUCUUCCACCAGAUGCAGUGCCUCUCAGUGUAAGGAAUGUGGAGAAUCCUGCAGCUGUUCCUCUCACCUAACUACUCCUUUGAGAGUUCCUCAUGGAAAUAAACCCGAUAAAUGUAAGGUAUGUGGGAAGGACUUAAUUUGUAUGCCAACCCUUAAGAGUCCUGUGACAACACUCACUGGUGAGAAAUGUUAUGAAUGUAACAAAUGUGGGAAAGGUUUCUGUGGUUUGUCAUCACUUUGGACAUGUGUGAGUGGUCAUAAACAUGCAUGUAAAGAAUAUUGUGAAAUCUAUAAUCCUUCAUCCCUCAUUUUACCUAAAAAAUGUCCUGACAGAGAUAAGCUUUAUGAAUGUGAGGAAUGUGGGAAAGCCUGUAGCUCCUCAGAACUCAGUAUAAAAAAAAUACAUAUUAGAAAUCACACCGUAGAGAGGCUUUAUGAAUGUGAAGAAUGUGGGAAAGCCUUUAUUCAUUGCUCCCAUCUCACUUCACAUAGAAGAGCUCACAGUGGAGAGAGGCCUCAUGAAUGUAAGGAAUGUGGGAAAGCCUUUAUUCGUUCCUCCGACCUCACUUCACAUAAAAGAACUCACAGUGGAGAGAAACCUUAUAAAUGUAAGGAAUGUGGGAAAGCCUUUACUAGUUCCUCCAACCUCACUAAACAUAAAAGAACGCACAGUGGAGAGAAACCUUAUGAAUGUACGGAAUGUGGGAAAGCCUUUACUUGUCGGUCAUCCCUUCGUAAACAUAAAAGAGCUCACAGUGGAGGGAAACCUUACGAAUGUAAGGAAUGUGGGAAAGCCUUUCUUCGUUCCUUCAGCCUUACUUCACAUAAAAUAACUCACAGUGGAGAGAAACCUUAUGAAUGUACGGAAUGUGGGAAAGCGUUUACUCGCCGCUCAUCCCUUAAUAAACAUAAAAGAACUCACAGUGGAGAGAAACCUUAUGAAUGUAAGGAAUGUGGGAAAGCCUUUAUUUUUUCCUCCCAGCUCGCUUCACAUAAAAGAACUCACAGUGGAGAGAAACCUUAUGAAUGUACGCAAUGUGGGAAAGCAUUUAAUUGUUCCUCAGCCCUCACUAGGCAUAAAAAUGCUCACAAUGGAGUGCGGCGUUAUGAAUGUACGGAAUGUGGGAAAGCCUUUCGUUAUUCCUCAGUCCUCAAUGUACAUAAAAGAACUCACAGUGGAGAGAGGCGUUACAAAUGUAAGGACUGUGGGAAAGCCUUUGUUCAUUGCUCCAAUCUCACUUCACAUAAGAGAACUCACAGUGGAGAGAAACCUUACGAAUGUGCGCAUUGUGGGAGAGCCUUUGUUCAUUCCUCCCACCUCACUUCUCAUAAGAGAACUCACAGUGGAGAGAAACCUUACGAAUGUGCUCAUUGUGGGAAAGCCUUUAGUUGUUAUGCAACCCUCUAUAAGCAUAAAAGAACUCACAACGGAGUGAGGCCUUAUGAAUGUACAGAAUGUGGGAAAGCCUUUAUUCAUUCCUCCAGCCUGACUUCACAUAAAAGGACUCACAGUGGAGAGAAACCUUAUGAAUGUACUGAAUGCGGGAAAGCCUUUACUAUUCGUUCAUCCCUUGGUAGACAUAAAAGAAUUCACAGUGGAGAGAAACCUUAGGAAUGUAUGGAAUGUGGGAAAGCCUUUACUUGUCACUCAUCCCUUAGUAAACAUAAAAGAACUCACAGUGGAGAAAAACAUUAUGAAUGUAAGGAAUGUGGGAAAGACUUUAUUCGUUCCUCCCAGCUCGCUUCACAUAAAAGAACUCACAGUGGAGAGAAACCUUAUGAAUGUACGGAAUGUGGGUAAGCCUUUAUGCAUUCCUCCAGCCUCACUUCGCCUAUAAGAACUCACAGUGGAGCGAGGCCUUAUGAGUGUAAGGAGUGUGGGAAAACCUUUUUUCAGAACUGGAACCUCACUAAGCAUGUCAGAAUUCACCAUGGAGAAAGGCCCUAUAAACAUAAGCAAUGUGGAAAGCCUUUAGUUGUUCCUCAGACCCCACUUUACAUAUAAGAACUCACAGAGAGUUGAUUAUUCUAAUGUAAAAAGUGGGAUGUUUUGUCCUUACUGUUAUGAUUUUGAUAAAUUUCUGAAAGUCAGCAAUUAAAGACGAAAGUUUCUUGGUAAGUAAGAAAUCAAUACUAACUUAAAAGAACGGAUCAUUAAGAGUAAUUUAUGCCUUUGGGAGAAAUGAUAGUUUCAUUGUAAUUGUGGGACUGUCCUCAUUGGUGUUUGUUACUUUCUUAGUCCAAGCUAAACUUCACCUUUCUGAAAGUCGUUGCUAUUACAAAUGAGGCUGCAGGGAAUAAUUGGCUUCAUAUUAUUUAACGUUAUUGUCGAUGUUAUUUUGCAAGCAAUUAAAUAUGCUCAUCUUGUAUUUGGUUCAGACUGUUUUGUCAUAUUUGAAACGUUCUUUCCAUUUUUUCCUAUUGUAAAGUAAGCUAUUUUAUCUAUUAUAAUUAAUAACUCAUAGUGGUACUUUGAGUCUGUGUAGAUAUUCUGUUUUUCGUUGUAUUUUGGCCUACUAAUUUUAGUAUUCAAAGAUAAUUACAUAUCAUUAUUACUGUGGUGUUUACCAGAUGAUGUUUUUUGUCCCAAUGUCCAAAAAUACUAUAUCUAUUAAUUGGAAUUCUGAAGGAAACAGCUUUUCCUUCUCCCCUAUUUUAUCAUGUUUUUAAAUGUUCGUAGUAGGAUACGCAGUCCACAGAUUAUGAAGGAGUUCCUUCCCUAACUAUGUGUUUAAGUUGAAUUUUCAUGUUGGAACAGUUAGGUAUAAUUGUAAAUAUGUAACAUCGUUUAGUCGACUGUUUUCCUUAGAAUAUACUAUAUGACGUACCUUUCUGUGCUUAAAAAGGUUUUAAAGAAACACUUCUGGUUACAAUAAAACAUUGUUAACAUAAUAGUACAGUAACAACAGUAAUGACGUUCUGAUGCACAUUACAACGUUGUAACCCUAUGUUAUUACGAAACUCUGCCACUUCAUUGGGUUCUCUUUUGAUACGCUUCUCUCACCUCUGACUUGGGGAGGCAAGGAGGCUGCCCUCCUAGGCACUGCACAUGUGACUCCCCUCCAUAGGGUAGUGGGGGAGGGAAGUACAGAGCACGGACCCCACCCCUGCACGAUUCCUUAUCUGACCUUACAGGGGACUUCGGCCUGUGCCCAGUUCCAAACAGUAAGAACAAGCAACACGGUGACACCGCAUCACCACUGGGCAAGGGAUGCAGGACUUGAGUUCCUGCAGGAGAGGAUCUUCAUUUCUAAUAGGAUGAGCCAGAUUGGAAAGUCAUGAGUCAGUCCAGUAAAUGACUGGGAGGUGGGCAUACAACAGGUAAAGAUGGAGAGAAGCUGGUAUAGAUAAAAGACAGUAAAAGAAACAAGGGAUUUUACAUGGGAGUCGAAGAAGAUCAACCCCGAAACAGUACUAAGGAUUGAGACUAAUGCUGACUUCACUGCUGGAAUCAGAGGUACAAAGGGUGAGAGAUAAAAUUGAAAGCAUUGAAUUGAUUUUUUAAAAUCCAGAAGGAACUUGGAGAAGAUACUUUUUCACAAAAAAAUAGUGUCCACAAACAAGAUCACUGGGAAUUAUAGGGAAAAAGGUUUACCCUCUUUAACCCAUCUCUGUUUUCCUUACCCUGAGUUCUUUAUCCUCUUUUUCUUUCCAUUCCAUCAGUCUUUUCCAACUUUUAUAGCUCUGCUUUAUUCUGUUUAUUUUUGUAUGUAUCUUUAAGUUCAUGUUAUUUGGUUCCACAAUCAACACCCAUGGAAGGAGCAGUCAAGAAAUCAAAAGACACAUUGCAUUGGGUAAAUCUCCUGCAAGAGACCUCUUGAAAGUGUUAAAAAGCAAAGAUGUCACCCUGAGAACUAAGGGACACAUGACCCAAGCCAGGGUGUUUUGAAUUGCCUAAUUUGCAUUUGAAAGCUGGGCAGUGAAUAAAAAAGACAGAAGAAUUGAGGCCUUUGAAUUGUGGUGUUGGGAAAGAGUAUGGAACAUACCAUGGACUGCCAAAAGAACGAACAAAUCUGUCUUGGAAGAAGCACAACGAGAAUGCUCCCUGGAAGGAAGAAUGGAGAGACUGUGUCUCACAUACUUUGGACGUGUCGUCUGGAGGGAUCAGUCCCUGGAGAAGGGCAUCACGCUUGGUAAAGCAGAGGGUCAGUGAAAAAGAGGAAGAGCCUCAAUGAAAUGGAUUUACAGAGGCUGCAGUAGUCGGUUCAAGCUUAGCAGAUAUUGUGAGGAUGGUGCAGCACCUGACAGUGUUUUGUUCUGUUGUACAUGAGGUCACAAUGAGUCGGAAUCGACUCAGUGGCAUGUAACAACAACUGUCUUUAAGUUCAUGAAACCUAUCUCCUGGUGUGUAUCGAAUGAUAUGAAACCUAUCUACCCCCUUUAAUUUUGCAAUUAUAUGUUUAAAUACAGAAUUUGUGACUAGGUUUGGUGUUUUAUAUCUGUUUGUAUGUUUCUGUUGUCUAUGCUCGUUCAUUCCCAGUGUGUCUGAUAAUUUGUUGUUCUUUGAUAGACUUUAUAUUCUUUAGCUUUUCUUUUUAUUUUGAACCAUGUUUAAAAUAUAGGAAAUAAAAGGAAGACUUGUUUAUAUAUUUGUUGUAAAGUCUCAUCAGCUGUCAAUAUGUUAGAUGUUUCAAUUAAAGAGACAAUUGAAGAUAUAAUUUUUCUUCCAAAGGAAUUUUUUUUUUUUUUUUUUUAGUGGCUGGAGUUACUAUUACGAAUCUCAGAAAUCUUAGAACGUUCAGAGCUCAGUAUUUCCUUUUGGAUGACUCUCGGCCAGGCCAUGUAGUCCCUGUGAUACAUGGAUAUGGCUCCCACUUUUGGGAAGCCUGAACUCCAACUUCUGCCCGUACAUCUGAACCUCAUUUCCAUAGUUUUCUAACUGAGCCACCCUCCUGUUGGUUAAGUUCAUGUGAAAUGCUUGACUGCUCUCUCUCGUUCCAUAUUCGCCUAAAUUGUGCCCAGCAACUUCUCAAGAUUUUAUUUUUUUAUAAUUUUAGAAAGAUGUAUUUUAUUUCAUCCAGUGUGUUUUUUUAUUGUGCUUUAAGUGAAAGUUCACUAAUCAAGUCAGUCUCUCACAUAAAAACUUAUAUACACCUUGCUACACACUCCCAAUUACUCUCCCCCUAAUGAGACAGCCCACUCUCUCCCUCCACUGUCUCUUUUUGUGUCCAUUUCGCCAGCUUCUAACCCCCUCUACCCUCUCAUCUCCGCUCCAGGGAGGAGAUGCCAGCAUAGUCUCAAGUGUCCACCUGAUCCAACAAGCUCACUCCUCACCAGCAUGCCUCUCUAACCCAUUUUCCAGUCCAAGCCAUGUCUGAAGAUUUGGCUUCAGGAAUGGUUCCUGUCCUGGGCUAACAAAAGCUCUGGGGGCCAUGACUACCGAGGUCCUUCCAGUCUCAGUCAGACCAUUAAGUCUGGUGUUUUUAUGAGAAUUUGGGGUCUGCAUCCCAGUGCUCUCCUGCUCCCUCAGGGGUUCUCUGUUGUGUUCCCUGUCAGAGCAGUCAUCGGUUGUAGCUGGGCACCAUCUAGUUCUUGUGGUCUCAGGAGGAUGUAGUCUCUGGUUCAUGUGGCCCUUUCUGUCUCUUUGGCUCGUAAUUACCUUGGGACCUUGGUGUUCUUCAUUCUCCUUUGCUUCAGGUGGGUUGAGACCAAUUCAUGCAUCUUAGAUGGCUGUUUAAUAGCAUUUAAGACCCCAGACGCCACUCUUCAAAGUGGGAUGCAGAAUGUUUCCUUAAUAGAUUUUAUUAAUGCCAAUUGACUUCUAUGUCGCCUGAAAUCAUGGUCCCCAAACCUCUUCCCUUGCUGCACUGUCCUUCGAAGCAUUCAGUUUAUUCAGGAAACUGCUUCUUCUCAGUUUAAACUAUUUCUCAAGUUCUUAUAAUAGUCGUCUUAUACAAUAUUUGUCCUUUUGCAACUGACUAAUUUCACUCAGCAUAAUGCCUUCCAGGUUCCUCCAUGGUAUGAAAUGUUUCACAGAUUCCUCACUGUUCUUUAUCGAUGCCUAGCAUUCCAUUGUGUGUGAAUAUACCAUAAUUUAUCCAUUCAUCUGUUGAUGGACACCUCGGUUGUUUCCAUGUUUUUGCUAUUGUACACAGUGCUGCAGUAAACAUGGGUGUGCAUAUAUCUGUUCUUGUAAAGGCUCUUAUUUCUCUAGGAUAUAUUCCGAGGAGUGGGAUUGGUGGAUCGUAUGGUAGUUCUAUUUCUAGCUUUUAAAAAAGAAAAAUUAAGGAAGCACCAAAACGAUUUCCAAAGUGGUUUUACCAUUUGACAUUCCCACCAGCAGUGUAUAAGUGUUCCAAUCUCUCCACGGCCUCUCCAACAUUUAUUAUUUUGUGUUUUUUGUAUUAAGGCCAACCUUGAGGGAGUGAGAUGAAAUCUCAUCGUAGUUUUGAUCUGCAUUUCUCUAAUGGCUAAUGAUGGUGAACGUUUCCUCAUGUAUCUGUUAGCUACCUGAAUGUCUUUAGUGAAGUGUCUAUUCAUAUGUCUUACCCAUUUUUUAAUAGGGUUGUUUGUCUCUUUGCAGUUGAGUUUUUGCAGUAUCAUGUAGAUUUUAGAGAUCAGACACUGAUCAGAAAUGUCAUAGCUAAAACCUUUUUCUCAGUCUGUAGGUGGUCUUUUUAUUCUUUUGGUGAAGUCUUUGGAUGAGCAUAGGUGUUUGAUUUUUAGGAGCUCCCAGUUAUCUAGUUUUUCUUCUGAAUUCUUAAUAAUGUUUUGUAUACUGUAUAUGCCUUGUAUUAGGGCUCCUAACAUUGUCCCUAUUUUUUCGUCCAUGAUCUUUAUCAUUUUAGGUUUGAUAUUUAGGUCUUUGAUCCAUUUUGAGUUAGUUUUUGUGCAUGGAGUGAGGUAUGGGUCUUGGUUCUUUUUUUUUUUUGUAGAUGGAUAUCCAGUUUUGCCAGCACCAUUUGUUAACAAGACUCUUUCCCCCAUUUAACUGUUUUGGGGCCUUUGUCAAAUAUCAACUACUCAUAUGUGAAUGGAUUUAUGUCUGGAUUCUCAAUUCUGUUCCAUUGGUCUGUGUAUCUGUUGUUGUACCAGUACCAGGCUGUUUUGACUACUGUGGCGGUAGAGUAGAUUCUAAAAUCAGGUAAAGUAAGGCCUCCCACUUUGUUCUUCUUUUUCAGUCAUUCUUAUUUAUCCGGGGCCUCUUUCCCUUGCAUAUGAAGUUGGUGGUUUGUUUCUCCAUCUCAUUAAAGAAUGUUGUUGGGAUUUGGAUUGGAAUUGCAUUAAAUGUAUAGAUCGCUUUUGGUAGAAUAGACAUUUUAUAAUGUUAAGUCUUCCUAUCCAUGGGCAAGGUGUGUUCUUCCACUUAUAUGGCCUUAUGGUCUGAGAAGAUGCUUUGGAAUAUUUCGAUGUUUUGGAUUCUGCAAAGGUUUGUUUUAUGACCUAAUAUGUGGUCUAUUCUAGAGACUGUUCCAUGUGCGCUACAAAAAAAAGUAUACUUUGCAGGUGUUGGGUGGAGUGUUCUGUCUGAGUCAAUAAGAUCAAGGUCGUUGAUUGUAGCAAUUAGGUUUUCCCUGUCUCUGUUGAGCUUCUUACUGGAUGUCCUGUCCUUCUCCGAAAGUGGAGUGUGGAAGUCUCCUACUAUAAUUGUGGAGGUGUCUAUCUCACUUUUCCGUUUUGUUAAAGUUUGCUUUAUGUAUCUUGCAGCCCUGUCAUUGGGUGCAUAAAUAUUUAAUAUGGUUAUAUCUUCCUGGUCAAUUGUCCCUUUAAUCAUUAUGUAGUGUCCUUCUUUAUCCUUUGUGGUGGAUUUAACUUUAAAGUCUAUUUUGUCAGAAAUUAAUAUUGCUAUUCCUGCUCUUUUUUGCUUAUUGUUUGCUUGAUAUAUUUUUUUCCAUCCUUUGAGUUUUAGUUUGUUUGUGUCUCUUGUAGGCAGCAUAUAGUCGGAUCGUGUUUCUUUAUCCAGUCUGAGACUCUCUGUCUUUUUAUUGGUGGGGUUAGUGUAUUUACAUUCAGCGUAAUUAUAGAUAAGUAUGUGUUUAGUGCUGUCAUUUUGAUGCCUUUUUAUGUGUGUUGUUGAGAAUUUCAUUUUUCCACUGACUUUUUUGUGGUGAGACGUUUUUCUUUGUAAAUUGUGUGUUCCUCAUUUUCAUAGUAGUUGAAUUUAUGUUUGCUGAGUCGUUACGUUUUUCUUGGUUUUUAUUUUGAGUUAUGGAGUUGUUAUACCUCUUUGUGGUUACCUUAGUAUUUACCCCUAUUUUUCUAAGUAAAAAUCUAACUUGUAUUGUCCAUAUCGCCUUGUAUCCCUUUCCAUAUGGCAGUUGUAUGCCACCUGUAUUUAGUCUCUCUUUUUGAUUAUUGUAAUAUUUUACGUAAUGACUUCAAUGAUUCCCUGUUUUGAGUGUUUUUUUCUUUUUAAAAUUAAUCUUAAUUUGUUUUUGUGAUUUCCCUAGUUGAAUUGAUAUCAGGAUGUUCUGCUCUGUGACCUUGUAUUGUGCUGGUAUGUGAUAUUAUUGUUUUUUUGACCAAUUUCCUUUAGUAUUUCUUGUAGGCUUGGUUUGGUUUUUGCAAAUUCUCUAAGCUUGUGUUUAUCUGUAAAUGUUUUAAUUCACCUUCAUAUUUGACAGAGAGUUUUGCUGGAUAUAAGAUCCUUGGCUGGCAGGUUUUCUCCUUCAGUGCUCUGUAUAUGUCAUCCCAUUGCCUUCUUGACUGCAUGGUUUCUGCUGAGUAGUCUGAACUUAUUCUUAUUGAUUCUCCUUUGUAGGAGACCUUUCUUUUAUCGCUGGCUGCUUUUAAUACUUUCUCUUUAUCUUUGGUUUUGGCACGUUUGAUGAUAAUAUGUCUUGGUGAUUUUCUUUUUGGAUCAAUCUUAAAUGGGGUUCGAUGAGCAUCUUGCAUAGACAUCUGAUUUUUUUUCAGCUAUUUUCGUGUCAAUUCCCUGGUCCUCCAGAUUUCCCACUCUGCAUUCCAACUGCUCGAGUCUACUCCUCUGACUUCCUAUUACGUUGUCUUAUUCUGUAAUUUUAUUAAUCUUUUGGAUUUCUGAAUGCAGUCUCUGUGGAUUCUUGCAGCUUAUUAAUUUUUCCACUACGUUCUUGAAUAAUCUUUUUGACUUCUUCCACUGCAUUAUCAGUGUUCCUUGGCUUUUUCUGUAGAUUGCCUUAUUUCAUUUCUGAAGUCAUCCCUGAUGUCUUGAAGCAUGCUGUAAAUGAGUUUUUUAUAUUCUGCAUCUGGCAAUUCCAGGAUUGUAUCUUCAUUGGGGAAGAUUUUGUUUCUUUGGUUUGGGGAGUUGUAGAAGCAAUCAUGGUCUGCUUCUUCAUGUGGUUUGAUAUCGACUGCCGUCUUCGAGCCAUCACUAAGAUAUUGUAGUGAUUUAUUCUAUAUUUGCUAACUGAGUCUUGUUUUCUUUCAAUAUACGUAGAUGGGCUACUAGAUUGUGCUGUCUUGAUUGUUGUAGCCCUUGAAUCACUUAUGUCCUCUUACCAGCUGGUUUGGGCUGUUAUGAGAUAUACAAGCCUAAGAGUCCAUUCAGUAUUCUUGAGUAGAAUCUGAUUUUGUGUCACCAAGUGUGUGGUGCAGACUGUCACCUAUCCACCUAGAGAAGUAGUGGUGAUAGUUGUGUGCACCAGAUUCUAGUAACAGUAGGGGUUCACACUCCAGGGGGGUCAAGAUGCUGACAGGCUUCCCCCAAGUGCUAGUGAGGUAGGUGUGUCUCUAUUCCUAAAGCACUUUGGUGGGUGGGCUCUGCAGCUCUACCUUAGGCCCCCAAUGCAAGUACCUCUACAGAUUGGUAAGUGUCACCGUCCUUCAACCCCUAAGGCUGGAGGCUAGGAGGUCUGAGGGAGCUUCAGCCCUCAGUUCCCUGUUGUGGGUCAGUGAGGGCUCUGUUGAAUACGCAGAGAUAUCAGACCUUGGAAACUUGUCUUUCCAGUAAUCAGCUAAAACAAUUACAGUCAUAUCUCUAUCAGAAAUGUCUUUUCGUUAUAAUAGCCACCUUCUUCCCUGUAGGGAUGAAAACCCAAGACUGUGGAUCACAUAUGGUUGGCUGGAGCUGGUUGUGUGUUUUUAGUCCAAUUAGGGAAGGAUUUUUGGUCCCUGGGUUUUUUGUAGCUACUUCUCUCAGGCCAGGAGAAUGGGUUAGGAAAAGACCAAAAGAAAAAAAGAAAGGAAAGGAAAGAAAAAAAAAUCGCAGCCCAGUUCUCUGUCAGGCAGGCUCAGGAAAUUCCAAUGUUAAUGAAGCUGCCUGGGAAGGGGAUGGGAGGGUGCAGAUAAAUAGGAGAGAGUAGCACCCCAGAAUAUAGACAAAGUUACUUAUCUUGCUUGGGAUGACUAUUUUAUCUGAGAUUCCCGAGGGGCAUGUCGACUGUGCGCUGGCUGGGUAGAGAUUGCCCCCGAGGGUCAGGCCCCUGUCCUGUGCUUGCACUGUCUCAGAAGCCACGGUUAUUUCCUCAGCUCCCAGUCCAAAGCCCAGCGCGAAGGUUCCCUGUUUGGGACGCCGCACUCCUGGCUGCAAAACCAGUUGCUGCCCCCUGGUGACUUCUCCACCUGUCAGCCGCGUUGCUGCGCUGUCUGUGUGCACUGGUUGGGCUUCUCCCGAGGUCAAUUCUGGGGGGUAGGGCAGCGUCCCGUGUUUGUGCCGUCACAGGAUGCCCUGUUCAGCUCCCCUGAGCCCAGUCCAAAGCCCGGCGCCAAGGUUUCCUGACUGGGACGCUGCUUCCAGGCUUCGAAAACAGUCUCUGCUUCCCCGUGGUUGUUCGUUCUCAGUCUCUGUCACUGACAUCAACUCUUCAGAUCUGUGUUUGAUGGUCAGGGUUCGUAGAUUGUCAUGUAUGUGAUCGAAUCACUUGUUUUUCUGAAUCUUUGUUGCAAGAGGGAUCCGAGGUAGCUUCUACCUAGUCAGCCAUCUUGGCCCCGCCUCCUAACAUCCUUGUAUUACUAGCUGGUAACCUUGCAGUCUCCGUGACUGUCAUGUCUCUUCAAUGAUUUUAAAGCCCCUCUUCCUUCCAAUUCAUGAAUGUCUCUCAUCUAUUUGCAUUUCGAAUACCCCUCCCUGACAGCAGAACUUUCUGAUAUCCUGGAAGAAAGGUUAAAAACUGUCCCAUGCACAUCUUGGCAUUUGGUAAUCCCAGACUGGAGACCCUUAUAAAUAUGUUAUGGAAAGCAGCUUAAUCAAAGGACAAUAAAAGAAAGAAGUGUAUACGUAUGGAGGUUUAUUUACCUCAGCUGUUGCGAAGGGUGAAUCUCGUCCAAGGUCAUCAUUUUCACAGUGAUAACAUAUGUGUGAGAGACAAUGGGGUGGUGAGGGGGUUCACCUUGCUUCUGCUUACUGGUGUCCGGGGUGGACAUGAGCUUACCCACCAAGAAAACAUUUGUGUACUGUGUAUUCCAGCAGUAUCACAAAAAUGUCUCCUUCAUUAGAAAAUAACUGAAUGGUAAUGAUUCUAACCACCAACUAAUACCUCACUGUUCCACGUGUGCUCCAUGGAACAGCAGCACUAGCCCCAUAUGGGACCUUUUCAGAAACAAAGUUUUUGGGGCCCCACCUGAGGCCUACAGAAAUAGAAUCUGCAUUUUAACAAGACCCACAGGUGAUGUGUUUUGUGAGAAAGUUUGAGAACCACUGGUCUAACUGAAGGAAGAGUAAAUAGGAUCAGAAUUACCUUGAGGUAGUGGAGAGUAAAAGUAAGAAUAGAGUUUGGGGGGCCAUAAUUAAGCUGAAUAUUACAAUGAAUUUUGGCCCCCUAAAGUUUAUUAUACAUAAACUGAUAAUAGUAUAUCUGGGGUAUUCAUUUUCAUAGGCGAUUAGAGGACAAAAACGUCUAAAACAUCUCCUUUAUGGCAAUAAAGAGAAGUUUAAAAACAACGUCCUAGGGGUAUGGAGGUAUGGAAGGCUUUGGUGAACAGUGACACUACAUUGAGUUGAUGAAUAUUGAGUAUAAUUGAUAAUCUUGGUAUAUUCUUGGUAUACCAUAUUUUUAACCAAAUAAUACACACCUUGUACUUUGGUUUGCCAACUGUGCCCUCCCCUCACAAGGUAUUUUUUAAGUGCCACCAUCCCGAAUUUUUUAAAAUGUUGCUGUACAAAAAUAGUUGGCAUAGCACGCUUACAAAAAUACCUUGUGGGGGGAGGUCGUGGUUGCCAAAUAAAUGUAGAAGGCGUGCAUUAUUACACAUCAAGAUUUCUAUCUAUUAUAUCCAAAGCACUUUGAAAAUAAAGUUAAUCAUUGUUAGAGGCAUUUUGUGAUAAUUUUUUUUGUAGUGGUUUUAUUUAACUUUGCAUUACUUUUGUAAUUCCCUAUAUCCGACGUAUAAAAAAAGCUGAUAGUUUGAAUGUGGAUACCGCUAGACUGAAUCAAGUUUUCCAGAGCUCAUGCAUAGAGAAUGAUUGGUUUACAUACUGCUGCUGAUCCUGAAUUGCAAAGAAUUGAAUUAACUACAUGGGACCGAAUGGACUAAAAGUUCACUAUGGUUACAAAUACUCCAUCAGAGUCAAGCUCUCAGAACAAAAUGGGACAAAAAAUACAUAAACUAACCCGUCUGUUGAGUCCAGGUGAAAAGCCAGGCCUAUACUCUUAAACAACAUAACAAAAUUGAAAGCAAAUAAAGAACCCAGGGCCUUAAAACGUGUACAUCAAUUCCUUGGUAAGACUGACUCAUUUCUACAGAAAACCAGGUUCUAAUAUCAGAUGGGUAGAUAUCAGACCCUGUGAGAAAACCCGAAUUCCUCAAAGAGGAAAGAAAAGAUAAAUGGGAACUCAUUUUCCCAAUGUGGAAGAAGUUGCAGGUGGGAACUCAUUUUCCCAAAGUGAGCCCUGAAAUUCCAAAUUGCUUCUAAUAUAUUUAGUUUCUAGUGUUUUUCGAUAUGAAACCCAAAGCAGCAUCCCAGUAGGUGGAGUUUGAGGCUCCCUUGUCAAGGAUCUUAUUCCCAGGGGCUGAAACUCUGCUCUCCCCAAGUCCAAUAAAAUUCCUAGCAGGGUUUGGUCACUGUUUCGUUUUGCAGUGUACAUCCACUGCAUGAGAGUUCCCUGAUGAGAAGCCUGAUGCUGUGGCCCAUCUCAUGUCCCAGCUUAUUCCAACAUAAGUGUCUCUCUAUUGGUAGUUUCCUGGAGACAGGCCUCCUCUCAGCUCCCUCAGGACAGGCUCCUCUUGGCGUCCCGAGGACAGGCUCCUGUGGCCCUGCUGUCUAUCACCAGUGACUGCCAGUGGGCUUCAAAGGUUUGCUACUUUUUGUCCAGGUUCACUGACAUUUCCUGGGUAAGCUGUAAACAACUUGUAGCUUGAUACUUUUUCUCUGGUUGUGGGCUUUUCCCACACUAAAGCAGUAGAAACUUUUAAACCGAUCAAUAAAUUCCUAGCACAUGUCAACUCCAACACUUAGAUCCUCUUACCUGCCAUACUUAAUGCCCUGUCAUACAGUUCCAACAUGUUGUUGCUUUGUCCCUGGGUGUAAUCACCUGUGUGGCCCUGUAUCCAAGUGUGCUGUAGGAUCCUCUGGCUCCUGUGAGUACUUAAUUCUGGCCUUCUUAAUGUUAGUGUGUUUUUCUUUCCGCGGUUGACAGAGCAUUGUGCAACACCCACAGACCCCCUUUGGGGGGAGAUUAUCACAUGUAUUCUAUGGCCGAGAGAUUUUUUUUUUUUUCUUUAAUUAACCUUGAAGAACUUUAGAUCCUACUCUUUCAGCCUCUUUUAUACAUGCCUCAGGUCAUAAAACAUCUCUGGAUGUGUGCACAGUAAAAUGGGAAAACUGCUUCCCUUUUUCAGGGCUGUGUGGACAAGGUCACAGUAACUAAUUAUUCCUUCGUCUUUUACUCAAACUUACCCUCCUUUCUUUUCUCCAUUUCUAGAAAGGUAUUACCAUUUACCCUGUUGGUUAUGUCAGAAAGGUGGAAAUCAGGCGUGUUACUUCUGUUUACCUCAGUCACUGCCCAUGAAAUCAGUCUUCAAGUUCUGCUACUUGGACCUCCAAAACAUAGUAUUGUCUACUUCUGUGACAGAUGUUCAUCUCCCUCAAUAUUUGUUGUCACCUUGGACUUUCAUCAUAGAAUUCCUGAGUUUCCGUUCUAAAUCUGGUCGCCUAGGACCACCAUUUUAUAUCCCAGUAGUCCUUGCUACCAGGUGGGACCAUGUGACUGAGUUCUCUUCAAUGAGCUCUAACUAAAAGUGUCAUAUGUAAUGUCUAACAAAUGUCCUUAAAGGUAGACAACUUACCUCUCUAAGUAUAUUUGAUUCCUGAAUUCCGCAUUUCAGUUUAUAUUCGCACUUAAGACAACCCAGGCUUUUCUCUGUGGAGGAAAUAAAGGACAGCCAUGGCUAGAUCCCAAACAUCAGGGGGAGCCACUGAACCACAGGCCCCGACUUAGAGGGCUUUAGGUUCUGGUAGGGAAGCCACCUCCUGAGCAGUGAGCAUCCCGGAAACUGGAAGUGGAAGUGAGCGUUCUGGGUGGGCAGCCACGGACGUGGCAGUCGUGUUGUGGUGUGAGGGCUCUGUUCCUCAAUGGCCUGAGGUUACCUGUAGUCUGCUCCCCCUACGCCCCUCUGUUCUCUUUUUAUUUGCAGUCCAAUCUGGGCCAGACCCUUUGGCCUGGUCUACCACUGGUCGCUUACACACACGCACAGGCUCGCACACUAACUGGUGUCGGGGUGGACAUCAGAUCACACACCAAGAAGACAUUUGUGCACCGUGUAUUCCAGUGCCGUUAGGAAAAUGCCUCUGAGGCCUCCGUGGGGAUUUCCUCCCAUUCCGUCGCGGUUCCCCUCCCGGCUAGCAGCCGCCAAGCCAGGGAUUAUAAUUUCGUUUUGGCUGGAGCACACUGCACGGCUCUAAGCACAAUUUGUAUUUGGUGCCGGUACUUUGGGCAUGCGCAGGACCUGAAGACCUGUGUCCUCAGUUUGUCCUUGGACAUGGACUUCACGACAUGAUUCAACAUCUGGACCUCCAGAUGUGGACAUGGGAGAGCUAAGGGGAGAGAGUUCUGGGCACCAAAACCAACUCCAGAGGCCAUCGGGAUUAAAAGCAUCCCCAACCCCCUCAGAGAGGGAGCACAUAGCCUCAUGUUUGUGGAAUCCUGCUUUGCUCCUUUUGUGCGCAGACAAUAAAUUUCCAUUUUGUUUCUCUUGUAACUGGUGGUGUGGCGUCCAUCUUAUUUCAGCUGGCUAAUAGGACGCAACAAUAGCCCUCCUUCGGUUAUAUCUCCUCCAUAAAUAAAAUAAUGGGAAUAAAUAUAAUCACCAUCCAAUGUCUCUUGAUUCCAAGUGUGGCUCAGCAUCGCCAACACUACUUGAUAGUUCUAGGGUCCUACCGCAGACGUGCGUAAUCAGAAUCUGCAUUUUUGCAAAAUUCACAUGUGAUGUGUGUGUGCAAUCAAGUUUAGGAGCCACUGGUGUAACUGAAGAGUAAAUAAGGCCGUAAUUAUCCUGACGCAAUGAAAUGGUGCAGCAGAAAUAGGGUUUAGGAGCUUAAAAUUUCCUGGAUAUUACAAUCAAUUGAGGCCUUCAAAAGACAAUGAUUACAAAAACCGAUACAGAGUAUGUCUGAGGUAUCAAUUUUAAUGGGUAAUUUGGGAGAAAAAAAUGUCUAAAACUGCUCUUUCGGGCUAAAAUAAAGAGGAAAUAAGGACGACUGGGACAGAUCCCUAAUACAACAGGGAACUACUAAACCCAGCGGUCCCGAGUUGGAUCGUUGUGGGUUCCCGUAUGGAAGCCCUUCUCUGCGUCACCAGCAUCCCCGGAAGCGGAAGUGGGCGUCCACGGUCGCUAGUCCUAGUGGGUGUCCGUAGCGCUCCGCUGCCUGGCGAGAGCAGGUCGUGUCCCGGGUCUGAGGGCGCCGCCCCAGCUCCCCGCGCCCUCCUGGUCCCUCUGCUCCCAGAGCCUCGGGCCUCCCUGGAGCCGGGGAGCCGCCGCCGCUUGUCCGCUUGUUUCGUGCGCGCCCCCGGCCCCGCGGCCGCAGCUGCUUCGUGGAGGCCGCGGAGGUGGGACCUGCAUCUGUCGGUGCGUGGACCUGUGGUGCUCAGGGAGCGGGGAGACAUUCUGGGUGCCGGGCCUCCCGGGCGCCGGGGUAACUCCCUGUGUGUGUCGGUGCGUGGACAGGUGAGGUGAUGGGAGCCGCGCAGACCUGUGGUGCUCAGGGAGCGGGGAGACAUGCAGGGUCCUGGGCCUCCCGUGCGCCGGGGUCGCUCCCUGUGUGUGUCCGUGCGUGGACAGGUGAGGUGGGAGCUGUGGGAGCCGCGCAGACCUGUGGUGCUCAGGGAGCGGGGAGACAUGCAGGGUCCCGGGCCUCCGUGUUGGUGUGCCCAUUUAGUCCUGUACACAUGUGUUGUUGAAAAUGGUGUUGGGCAAAAUGAACCAUCGAUCCAAUUUGGAAUUCAUGACUUCCUGGGUUUUCUGUGCUCGAGUGUUUUGUUUUUAUAAUUUUGACCAAGAUUACAGAAAAGGGAACAUAUUACGUGUUCUUCAUCUUGGUAACUUUCCCUAAAGGGCAGUGAGGCAAGUUAUACAUAUAAAAUGUUUAACACAACCCCUGAGGGAGAAUAAGUGCUCAGUAAGUAAUAUCUGCGCUUAUUAUUAUGGAAACCCUGGUUGCGUAGUGGUUAAGAGCCACAUCUACUAACCAAAAGGUGGACAGUUCACAUCUACCAGGCGGUCCUUGGAAACUCUAUGGGGCAAUUCUACUCUGUUCUAUAGGGUCACUAAUCGACUCAACGACAAUGGGUUUAUUAUUAAUAUGGGCGAGUCAAAUGGAUUUGGAUUUUCUGCGACAUCCAAUGGGAAGAUAGGAACAAUUUACCAUCUGAAAACCAUUGUGAGAACUUUGGAGUUCUAUUAAACCUUUUUCUUUGAGGACACUAAAGCAGGCAGUCCUGAAACGGUUAUUAAGGGUUAUUCACCAUCCUAUAAUCGUUGUUUUUCAGAAAAGUCUACUCUGGCUGCGUUUUUGUUACAACUUUAUAGCACUUCACCAUGAUCGGUUGAAUCCCCAGGUUCCUUGUCCUCUCGUGGCAGGAGGCUGAGGCGCAGGUGCACAGAUUUCAAAUUGACCCGUUAUAUGACCUUCCUGGGGUGAUAAUAGAGCGCCAGGGCCAUUUUUUUAGGGCUGUGUGCAGUAUUUUUCGAGCCGUGCACAAAAGCCCACUCACUAAAAUUAUGCGGACUGCGCACGCACCACCAAACUAAAGAUCCUGCCCUCGCUAUUGAUGCAUAUGUAUGUCACUCCGUAUAAAAAGAGCAAAUCUCCAGAGAUUUAGCUCCACAUGGUUAACGAUGACUGAACUUUGAUACGUUCAUUGGCCAAAGUUGAAAACUGUUUUCUUCCUGACAAUUCACAUUGAUACGAGGUAACUGCGUGUGUUGAUCUGUAAGGGAUGGAGUUACACAGGUGAGCCCACAACUUCAAUAUUGUACCCCUAACUCCCUGGAGGAAAUCAGGUUCAAGUUUUGCAGCCUGGCCAGGUCUGGUUGCUCCUCCUGCUCCCGGAGAGGUAAAUUCCUCCAUCUGUGGUCUUGCUGCAGAAAGGAGAGGCCCAUGGAGCUGCCUGAAGAAUGCAGGUGUGUGCUGUGGGGGCUGGAGCCUGUUCUGCGUUCAGUGUAAAGGCCCUCAGGGUGGAGCAUUGCCCUGAGCCUGGGAGGAGGACAUAGGCCUGUGACUCCCUGCUUCCUCCGCACUGUUUCCUCCCUAUCCUUCUUCCAUUUCAGGUCUCAGGUGUGGUGCAGAGAGAACUAGUCCAGUCCAGGCAGGUGAGGACCUAGGGUGACCAUCUUGCGCAUGCGUUAAUCACAGGGAAGGAUUUCAACUGCUCUGGCUGGUGUGUGGGCCAAGCAUUAUUCAUCUGCCUCCAAACUGCCCAGGCCUCUGCUCACACUCCUAUUCCUCUUCCUGAAGUAACUUCUUAGGCUGAGAGACGACAUUCCCUUAGAAUUCUAGAAGUUGGAAAAGGAAAUGGUGAGUUCUACGGAGAACUGGCUUGUCCUUAGCAAAGUGGGUGAGGCUGGAUCUGAAUUGUUGGGGGAGCAACUGUGUGCUGCGGAGGUGUGGUUCCUCAAUGAAGAAAAAAGGUAGCAGAGGAGGCCAAGGGACUGAGGCCUAGGAGGCACCCUGGGGCCCUCUCCCACUGCCAUUGGGCCCUUCCCCUAUACACAGGUGGCUUGUCAGGAUUUAGAUGCCUGGGUUCACCUUCCUUAUGUGACUCUCAGAGCUGGCACCGUGGGGCAUUACCAUCCCCACCGUGGGCCUUGGUGCUCUGUGUUGAAUAACAGUCUCCUGAGCAGAAUCUAGAGACAGAGCAGCUCUGGAUGUGCAGACUGAGCCCCGCCUUCCAGAGCCAUCCUUGUCCCAUCUCUCUGAACAAUGUUCUUGACUCCUUCUAGGCAGUGAAGCAUUUCUUGUGCUGUUCUAAAACCACAGCUCCCUGUUCACACUGUGAUAUGGGUUAGAAAAGGGGGUGGAUAGUUUGUAGGGGAAGGCCCUGAAUGUUUACUGGGUCCUGGAUCAUGGUAGUGCUCUCCUGAUGUCAACAAAAUUAUGAAACUUGGAACGGUGCAUCCAGCUGGGUCCUGUGUGCGCUCCACAGACCUGUUUUUCCUCCAUUUGGGAAUUUUUUUUUACCUCGAGCUUUCAGGUGUGUGGAAAGCAUGGCUCCCCAGUGUCGGUCCUUGUCCUCCCACCUAUACCUAGAGCUGGUGUUUCAUCUGUACAAUUGUAGAUGUUCUCCAUAGCUUUAAAUCAGGAUCUAAAAUUAAAGGGUUCUCUGAUCCUAUGAGAUUUGUGUAUUCACGUUCUCGGAUUUACAGAUUACACUAGAUGAAAAUUCUAAGUUCCUAGUUGUGUUUCUAGUGAAAAAUUUUCAACUCAAUAUAAACUUCUCAGACACAGAGGAAUGCUUACUUUAACUUAUCUAAAAGUUACGCUGGAGCUUACUUAAAUCUUGAGGAAGUUCUCAUCUCUUUCCUGGAGAUUGUUGGUAACUGUAUUUAAAAGUUUAUGAUUACUACCAAUAUUAUUGGUAAUAUUAUAGCUUUGUCACCCAAGUCUUAAUCCAUAAACUCUGUGUUGUUUAGCUUUGCCUCUUUUGUGCUUAGUGUAACUUCGUUAUUACUCUGGGUUCUUGAGUGACUUAUAAUCCAUACUGAAUGUUGUAGUCUUUGAUUGUCAUGAAUAAGUUCUUCAGGUUCUCUUCCCUUUCAGUAAGCUAGGUUGUGUCAUCUGCCUAAUGCAGGUUGUUAACAAGUCUUUCCCCAAUCCAGAUGCUGAAUUCUUUCUCAUAUAGUGUAGCUUCUCUGAUUAUUUGCCGAGCAUACAGAUUGAAUAGGUUUGGUGAAAGGAUACAACCCAGACACACACCUUCCCUGACUUUAAGCUAUGCAGUAUCCCCUUGUUCUGUCUGAAGGACUACUACUUGGUGUAUAUGCAGGUAUCGCAUAGUCAGUGAAACACAGGAAAAGGUCUUUGUGGUGUUCUCUGUUUUAAGACAUCAGCUGUGAUAUCCCUCAUUCCAUGUCCUCUUCUGAAUCCAGCUUAAAUUUCUGGCUGAUCCUUGUUGACGUACUGCUACAACUGUUCUGAGUGAUCCUUAGCAAAAUUUUACUUGCAUGUGAUGUUAAUGAUAUUGUUUGAUGAUUUCCACAUUCUGUUUGAUCACCUUUCUUUAGAAUAGUCAUAAACACGGAUCUCUUCAGUCAGUUGGCCAGAUAGCUGUCUUCCAAAUUUCUUGGCAUCGACAGUGAGCACUUGUAGUGCUGCAUCCGCUUGGUGAAACAUCUGAAUUGGUAUUGCGUCAAUUUCUAGAGCCUUGUUUUUCACCAGUGUCUUCAGUGUUGCUUGGCCUUCAUCCUUCAUUACCAUCGGUUCUUUUUUUUUUAAUUGUGCUUUCAGUGAAAGUUUACAAAUCAAGUCAAUCUCUCAUAUAAAAAAUUACAUAUACUU